CAGACUCUGUUCAGAGUUUUAGAAAUUUCCAACCUUUGCCACUCAUUCACAUACUCGUUACACGCGUCAACAGGAGAUAGUUUGAUUUUCUCACACUUUCUUAGGAACCAAACACUGCGUUAUUCUCAUCUUUCCACCACCCCAAGGAAAAAGUUUGCAUCUUUUUUACUCUAACCAUCUUCAUCAUUCAAAUUCCUCCCAACCCUUCUUUUCUUGGUUCACAUUAUACGACUCUUUGUCUGGGCAAUAUCGGGUUUAAGAUUGAGCAAAACCAUGGCCGUUGAUUCGGCUGACAGGAAAGAAAUCAUUUUGAAGAUUGAUGAUAAAGGCAACGACGACGGUAAUCUUUCUACUCCUGCCGCUGGAGCAAUCUCUAGUGGUGGAGGGAAGAUUUGGGCUGAAUCAAAAUAUGAUUUUUGGAAGGACAGUGAGAAAAUCAACAGUAAUGGGAAAAAAGAGAACGGCAACUUAAAUGGUACCGGCAGCAGUACUGGAGGUGUUGAGAAUAGGGAAAGUGAAGAGUUCGAAUUCAUGCACAGCAAACAAUCCGCCAUGGAAGAUCCACCAUCAAAGCUGAUCGGCCAGUUUUUGCAUAAACAAAAAGCUUCAGGAGAUAUUUCAUUGGACAUGGAUUUGGAAAUGGAUGAACUUCAGCAAGAGCAACCCCGUGAUGGCAUUUCACUGCCUACGGUUGCCGAAACACCUUCACCUUCAGCAGCUUCUCUUCAUCACAGAGUGCCCUUUGAAAACAGCCCUCUAAGAAGAAGACAAAGUAAAGGGAAAGAAGACAGUAGGGACUCUAAGGAGAGUGAUGGGGUUGUGAAGUGCAGUUCCAAUUCUUCUGUUCAAAGGAAGUCUAGUUUGUUAGCAACCAAGACAAAAUCCAGGUUGAUGGACCCUCCUACACCGGAAAGAGGGACGCCGAAGUCGGCGAAAACCGGAACCGGGAAGUCUGGACAGGCAAAAUCUGGGUUUCUAGGGAAAAACACGGAGGAAGAAGAUGAUGAUUCAUUGCUGGAAGAGGACUUGCUUGAGGAGUACAAGAAAGACAGGUUAAGUGUUUUGAUAUUGCUUGAGUGGCUAAGUUUGAUAUUGAUAAUUGCUGCUUUAGUUUGUAGUCUCACAAUUCCAUUUUUAAGAAAGAAACGUUUGUGGGAUCUUAUGUUGUGGAAAUGGGAAGUAUUGGUUUUGGUUCUAAUAUGUGGUAGAUUGGUUUCAGGGUGGAUUAUAAGGAUAAUUGUGUUUUUUAUAGAGAGAAAUUUCCUUUUGAGGAAAAGGGUAUUGUAUUUUGUUUAUGGAGUGAGGAAAGCUGUUCAGAAUUGUUUGUGGUUGGGGUUGGUUUUGAUUGCUUGGCAUUACUUAUUUGAUAAGAAGGUUCAAAGGGAGACUAAGAGUAAAGUUCUUAGGUUUGUGACUAAAAUUUUGAUCUGCCUUGUGGUGGGUGUGAUGUUGUGGCUAGUGAAGACCCUUCUGGUGAAGGUACUGGCAUCUUCUUUCCAUGUGAGUACUUAUUUUGAUCGAAUCCAGGAUUCGUUGUUCAAUCAAUACGUGAUCCAGACUCUUUCCGGUCCUCCAUUGGUUGAGAUUCAAAAGGCCGAAGAGGAGGAACAGAGACUUGCAAAUGAAGUCGCCAACCUACAGAAAGCCGGUGCUACAAUUCCUCCUGGCCUCAAGACGUCGACCCUUUCAUCCCCGAGGCUUAUAGGGAGCGGACUGGUUCAGAAAAGCCCUAGAGGGAAAAGCCCUAUGAUUUCAGGUUUGCUUUCUGCUGACAAGGGAGAAAAGGAUGAUAAGGGGAUAACAGUUGAUCACUUGCACAGAUUGAAUCCUACUAAUGUCUCUGCUUGGAAUAUGAAAAGGUUGAUGAAUAUUAUCCGCCAUGGAGCUCUUUCCACUUUAGAUGAGCAGAUACAAGGUUCAGCUCAAGAAGAUGAGUCUGCAACACAGAUUAGAAGUGAAUACGAGGCGAAAGUUGCAGCAAGGAAAAUCUUCCAGAAUGUUUCCAAGCCAGGAUCCAAAUUCAUCUUCUUGGAGGACAUUGAACGAUUUCUCCCGGAUGAUGAGGCUUUGAAAACUAUGAGUCUCUUCGAAGGAGCACCGGAAAACCGGAGAAUCAGCAAGAAGGCCCUCAAGAAUUGGGUGGUCAAUGCCUUUAGAGAACGAAGGGCAAUUGCCUUGACAUUGAAUGAUACCAAAACAGCUGUGAACAGGCUUCAUCGGAUGGUGGACGUUUUGGUUGGCAUCAUCAUAGCGGUUAUAUGGUUUCUCAUACUCGAAAUCGCCUCCAGCAAAGUUCUUGUUUUCAUUAGCUCUCAACUGCUUCUAGUUGCAUUCGUAUUUGGAAACACCUGCAAGACGGUAUUUGAAGCUAUUAUAUUCUUAUUUGUUAUGCACCCAUUCGAUGUGGGUGACAGGUGCGAAAUCGAUGGUAUUCAGGUGGUAGUGGAGGAAAUGAACAUCUUGACUACCGUUUUCCUACGAUACGACAACCAGAAGAUCAUAAUCCCGAACAGUGUCCUGGCUACUAAGGCCAUCCAUAACUACUAUCGUAGUCCCGAUAUGGGUGAUGCAGUCGAGUUCUGCAUCCAUGUGAAAACUCCUGCAGAAAAGAUUGGUCUAAUGAAGAAGAGGAUAUUGAGUUAUAUUGAGCACAAGAGUGAUCAUUGGUACCCAGAUCCGAUGAUCGUAUUCAGGGAACUUGAAGAGUUGAACAGAGUAAGGAUAGCUGUGUGGCUCACACACAGAAUGAAUCAUCAAGACAUGGGAGAGAGGUUUGCAAGAAGGGCUCUGUUGGUGGAAGAGAUGGUUAAGAUUUUCAACGACUUGGAUAUCAAAUACCGCUUAUAUCCAAUGGACAUUAACGUCUGUAGCAUGCCUCCGAUGGCAUCUGAUCGGCUUCCUCCUAAUUGGACCGGACCGGCCAGCUGAACACAAUAACAAACAAGCUAUAAAAACAAAUUUUUAAUGCAAAGGAUGCAAGUAUAUUUCACUGCCUUGUGAAAUUAUUUCCUUGAUAAUGAUUUCUUCUAGUGCUUUGUUGUAAGCUACAAAACAAAUUGUUCGUGUAACGUUCGUUUAUUAAGUUAAAUAAACAAGUAUAA